ACACUGUCGUCUCGAAAACUUGUCUAUAAUCUCUCUCUCUCUCUCUCCGCCUCGCGCCGUCGGCGAUUUUACCUCCUCCUCCGAAAGUGAAAGAGUAUUCGUCUCUAGGCAACUAUCAUAUAUGGCUCUUCCGCUCGGGAAGCUCACCAUCCUCCUCGGUGCAGGUCUUGUUGGGUCAGUGCUUGCUAAAGACGGGGGCUUGCCAGAUGUAUCCAGUUUCGUCUCAGGUGCUUUUAAGAUGGUAUUUAGACAACUGAAACAAGGAGAGCCUGUCAAAUCAGCUAGCAAACCUCACAGUGAUGCACUUACAGCCCAGGUUAACAGUCUUCGGCAUGAAUUGCAGUUGCUGGCUUCAAACAGACCUAUCACUAUAAUCUCCACAGGAGGAUCAGGUGGCAGAAAGUAUGCUAUGGUCAUUAUUAUUGGGGUGAUAGGCUACGGAUAUGUGUGGUGGAAGGGAUUGAAACUUGAAGAUUUUAUGUUUGCAACAAGGCGCAGCUUAUCAGAUGCAUGCGAUAAUGUUGGCACCCAGAUCGAUGGGUUUUAUUCAUCCCUCUCGGGUACAAAAAAAGAGUUAGGUUCAGAAAUCGACAGGAUGGAUCGUACUUUGGAUGAAAGUUCAGUAAUUAUUAAACAAACAGGAAGAGAGGUGAAUGAACUACGGGAUGGAACAGCAAAUAUGAAGGAUGAAGUUAGGUCUGUUUUCGAGGCUGUUGAAACUCUGGCCAGCAAAGUACAUCGCAUUGAGGGUAAUCAGGAUCUCACGCUCAAAGGAGUUGGAGCUCUGCAUGCUCAGUGUCUGGAGCACAAAAGAAUUCAAGAAUCCAAUAAGGCUUUGCCAUCAACUUCGUCACUCCCAGCCCUUGAGCCAGCUCCUGUGACCCCUUCAUCAAGGCAGACUAUGUCUUUGCCUCCUCCUUCUCCCCGUGAAUCCCAGUCUCCAUCAACCCCUAAUGGAGCUCAACAGUCAAAUGGUUCACUUAAGCUCACUCAGACUAUGCCUGGUUUGAAGGAUAUAAGCCAAAGCUCUAGCAGCCGUGAGACUUCAUCCAAUGGAACACAUUCUGGAGAAGGCAUGGGAAACACACCAACAAGUUCAGGCCUGUUUAGUAUUUUCUCAAUGCCAAGAAUAGGGAGGACUCGUAGUGCGGUGAACGCAGUGCCUGCUAACUCAACUGGCCCCCAAUAGUGGCUUGUCAAUACUAAAGAGAGUUUGAUCAUUCAGAUAUAUUGAUCUGUAAACCAGAAAUGGAGAAGUGCCAGUAGAGGAGUUGAAUACAUUUUGCUGUGUUUGUGCUCGGUCCCUUGUCAGUGGAGAAAAAAUGUCAUAAAGAUGCAUAAAUUUUGUAGAGAUGCAGCUUAUAUUUAAUUGGAAUAUAUGUCACAGCUAGUCA